AAAGACCUUAUUGGCUUCGGUUUCGUUCUGCAAGGAUCGUCGCCAUGUUAUGUGCUGAAUGUUGACCCGCUUGGACCAGCGGCAGCUGCAGGACUGCAGGUUCGACACUUCAUAUCCAGUGUCAAUGGCCAAGACGUUCUUACAAUGAACCAUCAAGAAGUUGGACUCCUUCUGGUGCAAACAAACCAGAUCACAUUAACAGUGCUUUCAAACGCAAACCUGAGAGAUGAAGGCAAUAGGUUGCAAGCUGAUAGUUUGACUGAAGCAUAUAUACUUUAA